AGGUUUGAUCUUCACAUUGUUUCCUUGAAACAAGGCCACAGCAGAAGAGAUCAAGAUGGUCCCAAACUAUUCUACUGAAGAAACUGUUAAGAGAAUUCACGUCGACUGUCCUGUUUCAGGAAGGCACAGUUACAUCUACAUUAUGGUUCCAACUGUUUACAGUAUCAUCUUCAUCAUAGGCAUAUUUGGGAACAGCCUGGUCGUUAUUGUCAUUUACUGCUACAUGAAAUUAAAAACAGUGGCCAGCAUCUUUCUGCUAAACCUGGCACUGGCUGACUUGUGUUUUUUAAUAACUCUGCCACUCUGGGCAGCCUACACGGCCAUGGAAUACCAGUGGCCUUUUGGCAACUGUUUAUGCAAGCUAGCAUCAGCAGGAAUAAGUUUCAAUUUGUAUGCCAGUGUGUUCCUACUCACGUGCCUUAGUAUCGACCGCUAUCUGGCCAUAGUACAUCCAGUGAAGUCACGAAUCCGGCGUACCAUGUUUGUUGCCAGAGUAACCUGCAUUGUCAUCUGGCUCCUUGCUGGUGUGGCCAGUUUGCCCGUCAUCAUUCAUCGUAAUAUAUUUUUUGCAGAGAACUUGAACAUGACAGUCUGUGGCUUUCGAUAUGACAACAAUAACACAACACUGAGGGUUGGGUUAGGUUUAUCCAAGAAUUUACUGGGAUUUUUGAUCCCUUUUCUUAUCAUACUAACAAGCUACACCCUAAUUUGGAAGACCCUGAAGAAGGCAUAUCAAAUUCAAAGAAAUAAGACCAGAAAUGAUGACAUUUUUAAGAUGAUUGUGGCAAUAGUAUUUUUCUUCUUCUUUUCCUGGAUUCCUCAUCAAGUGUUCACUUUUCUGGAUGUAUUAAUUCAAUUACAUGUAAUAACAGACUGCAAAAUCACUGAUAUUGUGGAUACAGCUAUGCCCUUUACUAUUUGCAUCGCUUACUUUAAUAAUUGUUUGAAUCCUUUUUUUUAUGUUUUCUUUGGAAAAAACUUUAAAAAAUACUUCCUUCAGCUAAUAAAAUACAUUCCACCAAAUGUCAGCACACAUCCAAGUCUCACUACAAAAAUGAGCUCCCUCUCGUAUCGACCACCAGAAAAUAUACGCUUGCCCACCAAAAAGACUGCUGGGUCUUUCGACACUGAGUGAUGCAUUUUGCUAUAUACUUUUUUCCUGAACAAGGUUGUGAACGAAGCAGCAUGAAUGACGAAAUCCAUCUGCAGUCCCAGACAUCGCAGCUUACUGCUUAUUACAGAAACAUCAAAUCACCUCAGCAAAAUCACAGUACAAAGAUUUAGCAGUGCCCUUCUAUUUUACAUUGUGCAGAGGACUGCCUGAUUUUCAUUUUGUCUUACUUUGUUGAAAGCAGCAUAAAUGAUAGGACAGGUACAUCAGAGUUUGUCAGCAUUCUGCCAUUUGCUCAAAACUACAGAAGAUCUCUGAACUUAAAGGAAAAGCUUCUGUAAGUGACAUGAAUUAUGAAGAACCUGUUUUGCACAUGUGAGCCAAGUUUCGCUAAGUUUUGUUUCAGGCCCUGAUGGAACUACACUGCUUGGUUUUGGGUUUGUGGGGUUUUUUUGUUGUUAUUUUGUAGGUUGUUUGUUGUUGUUCUUUUUAAUGAGUCAUUUGUCAUUGUAUUUAUAACUUGUUUUUCAAAUAUAUACUUUAUCUACAGGCCCAACUUAAAUUGAAAUUUAAGGACCAUGAAACUGGUCUCAUUCUGAUUUGUGCUACUAUUUUCCAUUUUUAAAUAGCAAAAUCUCAUAAUAUAUGCAAUAAAAUGCAGGUUUAUUUAUUAAAUAUAGAAUAAAUAUAUUUUUAGAUUUAUAUUCCUAA